GUCAAUAAUUUCAAAUGGUCGUCUAAGGUUGUCGAAAACCUGCUUGUGAAGCAACUUGUCUGCGAGAAAUAUUACGAGAUGUGGUGUUUGUUCGGUGGUACACCGGUUCGGUUUUCCCUGUCAGAGUUUGAAAACAUAACGGGUCUUAACUGUGCACCUUUACCUGAUGACAAGGAAAUAGAUGUGAUGACACAUGUGCAUAAAGAGCUGUGGACAAAGAUAGGAAUCAAGGAAAGUGAGAACCCAAGUAGGGAUGAUCUGAUAAAUGUGGUUGACCAGGUUGCAAGUUGGCGAGACGACGACGACAAAAUUCGCUUUGCGUAUUUGUCUAUUUUAGCUACUGUCAUCAUCGGCAACGAUGGCCAAAAACCGCUAUGUAAUCGAGCUCGUAUGGUCAUUGAUUUGCCCAAUUUUGAGGGUUAUCCUUGGGGCAAAUUGACUUUUGAGACUCUGAUUAAUUCAGUGCAGCUUUGGAGCGAGGGUACUAAAAGUCCUCCUCUUCUGAAGUUCAAUGGCCAAAAAUCGUAUGGGAAAAAGGAUAUCGACAUUGAUAAGAUCUUAGCUGAUGAUAAGGAAAUCAUUAAGAAUGUUUUCAUCAAUAAGUCAAAGCCACCUGUUUGGGAUAAAGAAGGAGUGGAUGAGAAAAUUGACGCUCUUAUGCAAGCCAUAUGCAAAGAAGGAGGUUUGGGAGCUGUUACUUGGGUCGAUCAUGGUUUGAAAAGCGUCAAUAAGGAAAAAACCGACGGAAGAGUUCGUGGAGAGAAAAUAAGGAAGAAAAAGAGAGAAGCUAUGACUGAAGAGGAUCAAGAAGAUGUCUAUGGAGAUGGAUAUAUAGUUGUGACUGCACAAUAUGUAGAUAUGAAGUGGAUAUUGCAUAGCAAAAUUCUAUCGUUUUGUGAUAUCUUUCCUCCUCACACCGGUGAUGCUUUAGCUAGUAAAAUCCAUGAAUGCUUAAAGGAAUGGGGAAUAGAGAAAAAGGAGAGUUUUUUCCACGUGAGAUGUUGUGCACACAUCUUAAACCUCAUUGUGCAAGAUGGGUUAGACGUUAUUAUCGGUGCAUUGACUAAGAUUAGAGAGACUGUGAAGUAUCUCAAAGGCUCAAAAUCUAGACGUAUUGCGCUAGCAGAAUGCGUGGAGGGUGAUUGUGAAGUCCUUUUGUCUUUGGAUGUUCAAAAUAGAUGGAAUUCUACGUACUUGAUGCUUGAGAAAGCUUUAAAGUAUGAGCGGGCAUUAAAUAGGUUUAAGUGUUUGCUGGAAGUGAAUAGAUACCACGAUGACAACGUUAUUCGUGAGAUGAUUUACAAGAUGAGGCUGAAAUAUGAUAAAUAUUGGGAGCAAUACAGUGUGAUUCUUGCGAUGGGAGCUGUCUUAGAUCCUAGGAUGAAAUUUAGACUUUUAAAGCGAUGUUACGAUGAGCUGGACCCAUUCACUUCACAAGCAAAAAUAGACCACCUCAAGAGUGAGCUUUAUAAGCUCUUUGAAGAAUAUCGAAAAAAAUUUCCUUUGACUCCAGUUGUAUCUACAAGAGCAGGCUCUUGUGUUCUUGAACGAGGACGAGGGAACUUAGACGUGCAAGAUGAUUUGUUUGACUUAGAUGAUGGUCCAGACUAUAUGGAAGAAGGAAAGUCGGCAUUGGAUAUGUAUUUGAAGGAUCCAAAGCUAGAGAUGAGAAGCCAUCCUAAUCUGAAUAUUUUGCAGUAUUGGAAAGAGAAUAGAAAUCGUUUCGGCGCAUUAACGUAUAUGGCAAUGGACAUUCUAAGCAUACCCAUAACCACUGUAGCUUCUGAGUCUUCAUUUAGUAUUGGAUCUCAUUUGAUCAACAAAUACCGGAGUCGACUUCUUCCCAGUAACGUCCAAGCGUUACUAUGUACUCGAUCUUGGAUACAUGGUUACAAGGUUGAUGAUGAAGAUUGCGAGAUAAUCACUAUUCGGUCGGAUUCAAAUUAUGUGGAAGAACAAUCUGUUGGAGAAGAACACACUAAAGAUGAGAGCCAAGGUCAGUUUUUUAUCUAGAACUUUAGCUAUGCUUUUGGUAGAUUUUAUCUAAUGUUUGUGUGUUUGAUGAUCUUUAAGUAUGUUAGAAUUUUGUGAAUUGCUGUGUAUUGAAUUACUCGAGUUAUCUAAUGUUUUAGAUUUUAUCUAAUCAACAGGCUUCUCGCCAGGAAACAAUUCGUGAGUUCUCUUCUCUAUGUUUCAUUUUCACUGUUCGAAUAAUAAAACUAUAGUUUAGGU